AUGGCCGCCUCUGAGGCUUUGCAGCAUGGCUUGGUUUCGCGCGUCUGCGCCACCAAAGAGACCAUGUUGGCACAGGGCUUGGAGCUUGCGAAGACCAUCGCGGCCAAAAGCCCUGUGGCAACUUUGGGUGUGAAACAGUUCCUCAACUACGCGCGGGACCACUCCGUGGAGGAGAGUCUGGACUAUGCGAUCACCUGGAACAUGUCCAUGCUGCAAGGUUCCGACAUGGCAGUCGCUGCUGCGUCCAUGCUCCAGAAGUCUUCCCCGAGCUUCGGUAACCUUCCGCCGCCGACGCGAUCAAAGCUUUGA